AUCUGCUAAUUACUUACUAUACACGUAAUACACUGGAUCAGAAAACAAUUUGUUUUAUUGGUUGGCGAAAACCUUGGCCCAUUUAUUAACGUUUAUAAGAAGCUUUGUGAUCUAGUGGUCACUUAUUCUAAAUUUUCAUCGAAACCGUUAACAGUAUUUUAUUGAGGGUGAAUUUAAUUCUCUACACAAAUCAGUCUUGUAAUCGCGACGAAUGAAAUCGAAAACUAUAUCGAUUAUUUAACCUUUUGUACACACAUGUGUGUGUGGACCAUACAAAUUAUCACAGAAGAGACAGAACUGGCUUAACACCGUUUGGCUUUGGCUUUUCCGUUUUCGGACACUUAAAAAAAUAUUUAAAAAAAGCGGAAUUUUCUGUUUUAUAAAUUUUUCAUCUUUUGUCCUUCCAUUAUGUCAGCCCUUGUUGACGUUUCGAAUUUUGUGGAACAAGAUUUCAUUUACUCGUUAUUUCCUGAUUUCAAAAUGAGUGGCGGACAACCAAAGUCUUUGAGUUAUGGAAAUUCCCCAAACAUUCCAAUCUUUGAUAUUGGAGGAAAUGAAAAUGAAUUCGGAGUGGUCCAGUCUCCACAUAGUGACAGUUACAUCCAUUCACAUCUUCGAGACAGACAAGCGAAAGGACCAUGGGUAGAUAAAGAAGCAUUAAAACCAGUGGAAAUUAGCCUGAAACCCACCAAAUUACCAUCGUUUGGUCAACAAGAAAGCAACCCACAGUUAACAAAGUCACAGAGCUCCAAAGAAUUAUCAUUACCAAAAUUUGCUGCAGUCUAUGAUGAAUGCCAAGAGGAAAUGUUCCAACUUGAUGAUGAGUCUGAAGAUGUGAUGCCUAUGACUCUCUCUCAAGCAACAAAACAAAGGAAAAUGUCAAAAUCUCAUGAUGUAUUGCAUGAAACCAUAUCUGAGAUGUCUCGAUCGUCUCAAGUAUGUGAAAAAAGCAAAAGUUCUUUGUAUCGGUUCAAGAGUGAUUCAAACCUGAAUCAUGAGAGGUCCGACAUGACCCUUGUAGAGAAAGUUUCCUUAAUGAAUUUAACGGCGACAAAAAGUUCAGGAGAUGUGAAACCCAUGACCACCCAGCGCCAAGUAUCCAAUGAGAGCUUUGACUGUGACUUCUCUGAUUCCGAAAGUAGACUAAAGAAUUGGUUCUUGAAAAAGCCGGUAUCAGUUUCAAAACGAGAGAUCAAUGCCAUUGCGCCAUUUCCCUGAUCUGCUGUUCAUAUCGUGGUAAUUGCUUUGUCGUUAAUGUUCUGUUGGAUCUUAAGAUAAACUAAAACAACAGUAUUAAAACAGGAAGUAUAUUCCUCUGAACUCAAAUAUUGCUUUUUGUUUGACAAUCUACCGAAGAAUCUCCAGAGAUGUCAAAGUAUCCUCUAAUGUCAAGGCUUUUCAUUAUUGGAUGUUUGAACUAAAUUUUCUUUCUUUGUGAUAUUAAUUUAA